AUGGGGAGGGCCAGGGAGACCCCUCGGGAGAGGGAAGAGGAGCCCACGGAGGACGACAUUUACUGCCGGUGCCUGUCCCAGACCCUGUGCCACGUGGCCACGCCGGUCACCGUGGGGUUCUACGCUCCCUGCGGCCACCGCCUCGACUGCCUGCUGGACAAGGUCACCGCCUUCAUGCGUGAGGAGAUGUGGCAGCGCGAGCAGUCGGAGCCGGACCCCGUGGACGCCGCGUGCGGGGACGAUCGCCCUCGCAGCCCGCGGGGCUGGGGGCUCCUGCAGGCGCUCUGGCUCCUGGCCUUCUACGAGCCGGUGGUGACGGCGGCGGCGGCGCGGCGGCGGCGCGUGGAGUUCGUGUUCGUGCGCUUCAGCGCCUGGCAGUACGCGGGCUGCGACCGCCUGUGGGCCGGGCUGGUGACGGCGCUCUGCGAGCACGUGCGCCGCCACUUCGGCGCCCUCCUGCUCAGCGUCUUCCACGUGGCGGGCGCGCGGCCCCGCCACGCCGAGGGCCCCCGGGCGCGCCGCGAGUGGGCCCUGAAGACGGGGGCGUGCCUGCGGCUGUGGGCGCUGCUGCUGGCGCUGGGCGCGGGGCUGGCCGUGCUGCUGGUGGCCCUGCUGGUGCCCGGCGUCAAGGAGCACCGGGCGCUGAAGGCGGUGGGCAGCGCCGUGGCGUCGCUGUCGGGCUCGGGGCUGGCGCUGGGCGCGCUGUCGGUGCUCAAGAACCUGCUGGUGAGCGAGAAGAGGAAGAUCGAGCGGCUGACGGACAGCGACCGCUUCGCCGGCCAGCUGGGCUUCAUGAGCAAGGUGCGCGCCGAGGUGGAGGCGCUGGUCGACUUCCUGGCCUUCAUGGAGGUGUUCGAGCGGCGGCGGCUGCGCGUGGUGAUGGAGAUCACCAGCCUGGACCUGUGCCUGCCCGAGCGCGUGGCGGGCGUGCUCAACGCCGUCAACACGCUGCUGUCGGACGCCGACGCGCCCUUCAUCUCCAUCCUGGCCGUGGACCCCAGCGUGGUGGUGCCGUGCCUGGAGCAGACGGGCUGCAUGCGGGGCCUGGCGGACAACGGCUACCUGUUCCUGAGCCGCUCCGUGUCGCUGCCCUUCUCCAUCCCGGACGUGGGCGCGCGCUCCCGCCUGCGCUGCCUCGAGGCCGCCAUCGGCACGCGGGAGGACCUGGCCUACCGGAUCAUGGCCGGCAACGCCGACGCCGCCGGCGCCGGGGCGGCCGCCUCGCAAGCACCGGGAUGUGUCAAUGGAGCUGGCGGAUCUCGGCCUGCCCCGGAUCCCCCCGGCUGGGCGGAGGCCGAGGCCGAGGCGGCGGUGCGCUGCAUCCACGAGGCGUUCCGCUGCCUGCACGACCCCUCGGACGCCCUGGCGCGCUACGUGCCGGCCAGCGGGGCCCACGUGCGCCGCAUCGUCAACACCAUCCCCAUCACGCUGCGCCUGCUGCUGCAGAUCCCCGGGACGGGCGGGGUGGGGCCCUCGCCGCGCGCCGCGGCCGCCUGGGUGGUGCUGGCCGACCGCUGGCCCUGCCGCCUCAGCUGGGCCCUGCAGUGCCUGGAGGACGCCGGGCAGGGCUGGGCGCUGCUCGAUCCCGCUCCGGAUCACCCCACGGCGGCGGAUCACCCCACAGUGGAUCACCCCAUGGUGGCAGAUCACCCCACAGUGGAUCACCCCACUCAGGAUCACCCCACUCAGGAUCACCCCACGGCGGGUCACCCCUCGCCGGACCCCGGCAGCAGGACGCUGUGGAGUGUGUUCGAGGCGCACGUGGCGGAGCUGAGCGCGCUGCGGCAGCCGCUGCACAACGUGCUGAGCCUGGACGGGGACCCCGAGCAGUUCGGGGCCUUCCUGCGCCGCGACUUCCCCUUCACGGCGCGCGACGCCCGCCGGCUCCUGCCCGUCACCGUCAACCUCGACCACUCCAUCCGGCACAAGAUGGGCCUGCUCAGGGCCCUCGACCGGCUCCGGGCGGCCGCCACGGCGCGCGUGUCCAGGGGGACGCAGUGUGGCGUCCCCACACAGCCACAGGGAACCCCAAAUUAG